CUUCCGGGUUGUAAUAUUCUUUGUUUUUAGUUGUUAAAGUAAAUAUAUUUUGAUAGAGUUUGCGUUUCUUAUACAAUGUAGUAUAGAAACAAGACAUUGCAGAAAUCAGUGAUGUGUAUAAUAAUAUUACAGUAUUUAAAAAUAAUUCUUUAAGAUCUAUGACCAUUAAUGAAACAUGAAUUUUUGUCCAGAGAAAGAUGAUAUUCAGCUUCAAGAAAACAAAUUUGUACAGUUUUUAAAAUAUGACUUUAAAAACGAUGAAAGAUUUAAGACAGGACUGCAACGAUUAAUAAAAUGUAGCUCUGAAAAGACAAGCGAGCAAGAGUAUUUCAAGGCAAAAUUAUUUUACUACUCAAAAUAUUUUGUACCAAUCACAUUUCAAGAGUUUAUGGAUUGGGAAAAGAGAAAACAAAAUUUGGAAAUGCCAUAUUUGCAAGGCUUAAAUUUGGAGAGCUCUUCAAAGAGUGAUGUUUUGCUUAAUGGGAAGACUGAAGAUAAAGAAAACACCCUAGAAAACAGCAGCAUAGCAUCAGUUGUUAAACAGUCUUUUAGACCUGUUCCUGAUACUGACAGGCAGUCCAUUACAAUUAAAUGUGAUCUUCACUAUUCUCAAAGCCCAGUGUCUUUUACUCAAAACUGCAAAGAGUCACUUGCUAGUCCAGUAUCUUCUUCUCAAGACUUUAGUGAGUCCCUUACUAGUCCAGUGUCUUCUGCUCAAAACAUCUGUGAGUCACUUACUAGUGAAUGUGAUAUUCAAAAUUCUCAAACUGUUCAAAAUUCCAAUGGGCUACUUACUCAUCCAGUGUCUUCUGUUCAAAAUGUUGAUGAAUCACUUACUAAUAAAACUGACACUCAAAGGCCUGCAAGCCCAGUAUCAUGUCCUCAAAACUUUAGUGAAUUAAUGGAGAUCAUACAAAGUGGGAAGCCAGUUCCUGGUAUAAUACAUAUUGACGUGAAGCCCACUAACACACUAGAAACACCAUCGGCAAUACACAGAGUAAAAAAGCCUUGGGAGUAAAUACUGUGCUGAACGCAGCCUUCAAAGCAGAUGCACAAAUCUCUUGACCUAAAUAUUGUAUAUCUAGAAGUGUUUCAUAUUUAUAUCGGAUAAAAUGUGGAAAAUGUAAAGCUGAAAUAAUAUAGGAUGAUUUAUUCUGUGCACAGCUGUCCAGAGAAGAGAUCAUGGACCAGAUCCAAAGUUAAAAAACAACUCUAUAUUAUUAUUAUCGCUAAUGUCUGUUUAAUUUCUUAUAACCAUAACCAAAUAAAUGUUAAAAAGAAGAAUUGUAAA